AUGUCGCACGGCGUCCCGAACGCCGCCGCGCAGGCGGUGCUGGUGAAGUCCGAACCCAUGCCCGCGGACGCGAGCGUCGUGCGAGGGUACGAUUUCGAGGGCGCGCUCGAUUACGACGCGCUGAUGCGGUCGCUCUACACCACCGGGUACCAAGCGACGUCGCUGGGACAAGCGAUCGGGGAGGUGAAUCGAAUGCUGCGGUGGCGGUUGAGCGACGAGGCGAUAUUUUUGGGAUGGACGAGCAACCUGACGAGCAGCGGGACGCGAGAGACUAUUAAAUAUCUGUGCAAAAAUAAGAUGAUCGACGUGCUGUGCACGACGGCGGGUGGGGUUGAGGAAGAUUUCAUAAAAUGCAUGAAACCGACGUAUUUGGGGGAUUUCGCGCUUCGCGGGAAAGAUUUGCGGGGGAAGGGAUUGAACCGAAUCGGAAAUUUGAUUCAGCCAAACGACAACUAUUGCGAUUUCGAGGAUUGGAUCAUGCCGAUAUUGGACGCGAUGCUCAGGGAACAAAACGAAGAGGGCGUGAAAUGGACGUGCUCAUCGGUGAUCAAGCGGCUUGGUAUGGAGAUUAAUCACGAGGAUUCCAUCUUUUAUUGGGCUGCGAAGAACGAUAUUCCUUGCUAUUGUCCGGCGCUGACGGAUGGUUCCAUCGGCGACAUGUUGUACUUUCACUCGUAUAAGAACCCAGGCUUGGUCAUUGACGUCGUCGCGGACGUUCGAGCGAUGAACGAUGAGUCGAUCAAGGUUAAACGGCCGAGGAAGACGGGCAUCAUUAUUCUCGGCGGCGGCGUCGCCAAGCACCACAUUUGCAACAGUAAUUUGAUGCGAAACGGCGCGGAUUACGCCGUGUUCAUCAACACCGCGCAAGAGUUCGAUGGAAGCGACUCCGGUGCACGCCCGGACGAGGCAGUGUCUUGGGGAAAGAUCACCAUGGAUGCCAAACCAGUCAAAUGUUACGUCGACGCCACUAUUGCUUUUCCCAUCCUCGUCGCCGAAACUUUCAAGAAGAACUUCGAACCUCGCGCGUGA